GUUCCUGGUACGCGCUCAUUGGUUCAUUCGGUUGAUGGGGAUGGACACCUGACUCAAAAUCUACUCGCUACUGAUAACCGAUCCAUGAAACCAUAUAGACAGUGCACGUAGGCAAGUUUCUGUCGAUACGUUCAGACCUUCAAACAUUAAGAUGCUGACUUCUCGUGCACUUGUGCGAGGGCUGCAGUGUGGAUUGUGGCGGAGGCUGUCUACCUCAUCUGGGGCAUGGGCUGCACACACACAUGCUGUCGAUGUGAUUGACUGCACCAUCCCUCAGUACAACAACCGUCUGGAUACUCCACUGCCUGAUGUGCCGUUUGUCGGAAGCCUUAAUGCCGAACAGAAAAAGCUUAAGGAGAAAGAGAAGGGAUCGUGGACCCAACUCACCAAGGAGGAGAAACUAGCCAUAUACAGACUCACACAUGAGUUGUCAUAUCCAGAGAUGAGAAGAGGCUCCAAAGAGUGGAUGACAGUCGUUGGGGGCAUUUUCUUCUUCCUGGGAUUCACAGGGCUGUUGGUGUGGUGGCAACGUGGUUAUGUGUACGGUGAUGUUCCACACACUUUAUCUCCUGAGUGGAUCGAGAAGCAGACACAGAGGAUGAUAGACAUGAGGGUGAACCCCGUCCAUGGGUUUACUAAUAAGUGGGACUAUGAAAAGAAACAGUGGAAAUGAAUCAGUUGUGUUUGGUGACAAUGAAUGUAUCAACUUUACCAAAAUAUCCAAACUCAGUAAUGCUGUACAACCUGCAGCCUUAAUACUUCAAUAAAUGCACUGAAUUAA